UUUAAGGAAUGUCUUCACAAAUCCGGAAUGUGAGUUGAGUAUUUCAAAAGAUGCACAGCUUUCAUCGUCGAGCUGCGCUCACUGGAGCAGACCGAAAAUUAAGAACUCAAAUUGCUAUUCUACUUCUCUCUGGAUCAUUAUUCUUCUUAAUUGUACUACUUCCUUUGGUUAAAAAUGAUGUUCCCGCCGAUGUUUCAAUUGAAAAUGAAAUUUCGAAACGACAUCGACGAUCAGUUGAGUAUGAGUUUGAUGACUGUCGUCCCCGUAUUCAAACAACUUCAAAUGCGAAUUCUUCUCAAUUUCCUGCAGAUAUAUUUUCCCUCCAAACACGUCGAAGAGGAGGUGUUAUUGUACAUAUUGGUCUGUUGAUCUACAUGUUCGUAGCACUGGCAGUAGUUUGCGAUGAGUUUUUUGUACCGUCUUUGUCAGUUAUUACGGAAGUUCUAGCAAUUUCUGACGAUGUGGCUGGAGCUACAUUCAUGGCAGCUGGUGGGUCGGCUCCUGAAUUUUUCACUUCACUUUUUGGUGUAUUUGUUGCACAAGAUAAUGUUGGUGUUGGAACAAUAGUAGGAUCAGCAACAUUCAAUAUUUUAUGCGUUCUUGCAUUUUGUACCUUAUUCUCUCGUCAGGUACUUCAUUUAACCUGGUGGCCUCUAUUUCGUGACAUGUCAUUUUAUACGUUAUCAUUAUUUCUUUUAUUAAUAUUCUUCGGUGAUGAAGUGAUUGAAUGGCAAGAAGCGUUGGUCAUGUUUUCAAUGUACAUUGCAUAUGGCUUCUUUAUGAAAUUCAAUGGAUUUUUGGAGUUGAAAACGAAACAAUUUCUAUUUCGCAAAGUCGGGAUUGGAAGUGAAAUUGCACCAGAAACAAUUGUAGAUGCUGCAGCUGGAUGCACACCAAGGAGUCCUCAUAGUUUAGGUGCUCAAGGACCUCGAAGGAGUUUUCCUAUGAUUCAUGGAGGUCAAGAAGUUAGAAAAAGCAUUGCACAGUUAGUAAUCGGAGACGAAGAUGAUACUUCUUCAUCGUCAUCUUCAUCAUCGUCCGAGAGAUCGAAUAAAAUAAAACCAGUGUCAAAUGGAGUCCCAGAAAUUAGACAAAAUGGAAGAACAAUUAUGGUGAAACCAGCAAACGAUCCAGAUGCAAAAUUUAAUAAUCAAAAUAGCAUCAAAACAGUAAUAACUCCAAUAGACUUUGGCGAUGAUCACACCAUUGUAAUAAAUAAUAACAAUAAUGGUAAACGGAAAAAUGGAAACAAUGGGACAUAUCUUACCCCUGUGGAGGCAAUUAAUCCUUCCAACGGACAUUUAGAGUUAGCACAAACCAAUGGAAAUCCCGUUCCACCAAUUGCCCUUGAUAAUCUCUCAAUUGCUUCUUCAACUGCUGAAAAGCCUCUCGAUCUUUCAUGGCCUGAAGCAAAUCACAAGAAGUUAAUUUACCUAUUCCUUGCACCAAUUACAUUUCCACUGGCAUACACACUUCCAGAUGUUAGGAAACCGAGUCUUAGAAAGUUUUUUGCAAUAACGUUCAUUGGAGCAAUUCUUUGGAUUGCUGCGUAUUCAUACCUAAUGGUUUGGUGGGCAAAUACAAUCGGCGAAACAUUUGGAAUCCCAACUGAAAUUAUGGGAUUAACUAUUCUGGCAGCAGGAACAAGUAUCCCAGAUCUUAUAACAAGUGUUAUUGUUGCCAGAAAAGGUCUCGGUGACAUGGCAGUCUCCUCAUCGAUUGGAUCAAAUCUAUUUGAUGUUUGUGUUGGACUUCCGAUUCCUUGGCUCAUUCAUUUUGCAAUCGGAGUCUUCAAAUCCGAACCAACACAAAACAUAUCAGUAACAUCGAAUGGGCUUGUUUGUUCACUUGGUCUGCUCUUCGCAAUGUUAAUUGUCCUUCUCACAUGUGUUGCCAUUUCAAGAUGGAAAAUGGACAAAUUCUUCGGACUUUUGAUGAUAUUCUCAUACUGUGGUUUUUGUAUGCUUUGUAUUUUACUCGAAACAGGACACUUAAAGUGUCCACUCCGAAAUAGUUGUUAAUUUGAGCUAGACUUUUUUAUCCAGAAUAUCUCUAAUAUCCCGGUUUGGUUUUCAUUUUUCUGUUUCAAAUUUCAAAAUAUUUGAAAAUACAAAUGUGAAUCUUUUGUGAAAU